AUGUGUGAAGAAGAGUUAGAAGUAUCAAGAACCGGAAGAAAGGACUCAAGAGCUUUUAACAGUAGUCUCAUUAUGAGUUCAGAUGUUGUGGAAGAUGGAAGUGCGAAAGAGGCAUUGGCGGGUAGCAAAGUGGACCACUUUUAUAGGAUUAUGGAGAAAAUAGAGUGUUUGGAAAAACGGGUCAUCGAGGUGGCCGAAAGUCUGAAAACCAGCUCGCCAGGACCGAAAAAUGGGCGUGUUCGGAAGCGCAAUCGACGGGGCAUGUACGGGGAGCAGCGGUCGAGGCUACAGAUUGGCGGGCUACCGCUGCAGCGAGUCACAUCGCUGGAUUUGCUGGCGAAGGUGGUUUUACAAAACAGCGGCGAGCCUCGCCAACGAGGAGGCGACAAUAGUCCUGGGAAAUUUGCAGCGGGGAACACAAGCGCCAAUUCGACGUCGGGCAGCUCUGGUCUCUCGGAAUAUAUGGAAAAUGGUCCCACCUACAGCGUUUCAGGGGAUUUUGGCGUGUGUUCUUCGUACGCCAUAUUCUCGCCUAAGGGCCUGGAAUGGAUCCGCUCCAAGAGCUUGAACUCGGAACUGGAGAUUUCCUUUUUGUCCGGCUGGUACUCACAUUUUCUGCGGCAGAAGAAGACGGAAAACCUGUUUCCAGUACCCCUGGGUCUCAAGCCAUUGCCGGAAAACGCGGUGUUGGAAACGCUUCUGGAUAUCUUCGAUCGAUCGGGCCUCCAGACCGUGUCGUUUGUGCCGUAUCAAGAGGUGUCCGAAAUAUACAACAAAUACCAGGAGGGUGGAAUACGAUCUUUGAGGCGUUCUCACUGCAUCACACUUCAUGUGGCGCUGGCGCUAAUUGUCCACUUUCAGCAGCAUUAUUACAAGACGCACAUCGAGGGUGUUCAUCGUCGAGUAGUGGAGGUGGUGGAAGAUGACGCAAAACUCCGCGAACUGGAAGACACUUUCAUUUCCAACGCUCUUUUCCAUUAUCACCAAGUGUCAAUUUUACCGGAGGGAAUCGAUACUUUGCAAGCUUUUUUGUCAUUAAUGGCGUACACGGAUUUUACUGGUGCUCUCCAUGCGUCGUACAUGAUGGUAACGCUGGCUGUGCGGCUGGCUCAGGAUCAGGGCCUGCACGCUGAAAUAUCCUACGAGGGGUUACCAAUCCAGGAGGUCGACCGGAGAAAGAAAAUUUGGGGAAUCUGUCGCUAUUUUGAUAGCAAACUCAGCUUAAUCUUAGGGAAACCCCCGGUAGUGGCCAACUACGAUACCAGCACAUCUAUUUGCACACUAUCUGCUCCCUUGGAUCUUUUGGCCCAAACAACAUUGGCAGCUUCCACCAAUCACCCUACUUGUGGCCCUUCUUUUGCGAAAGACAUGUAUAGCCUAGUGGUAAAGGAAACAGGGUUUGAUAAAUUUGGUGGGUAUUAUUUUUGUCGGCUAAUUGAUAUCGCGUCUAGUGUUUACAGCCAUCUCUACGCACCCUCGGCAACUAUCAACCCCGAAAAGCAGUAUAGAAAUGCACAAAAACUGCUGAAAGAAAUGGAGAUUUUCAGGCUCUCGCUUCCGGCAGGAAUGAGACCCCUAGAAGCGCUGGAUAAUCCGUCUUUGACAGAACUUCUAAAAAGCAGCGAUCUUCCGACUUCCAUGUCAAGGCUUUUUAUUUACAACAUCCAAUUUACGUUCUGCAUAAAUUUGAUGUAUGUUCAAAAAGCAGUGUUCAAAAUUCAAACAUACAUGAAAGAACGUGGUUUGAUGAAUGUCGAAACUCCAUUUUACGAAAGUGUUAAAACGGCAAGAGAGGUUUUGUUAGGUGCGCUUGGAUUGUACGACCUAAAUCUGUCCAGCUAUUUCAGAUCAUUUCAGUGGACCAUUAAUUUGGCUUUCUUUGAAAUCUUCGUGUAUGCUCUGUCUAAACAAGAAGACGCAACAAGUUUUGAGGAGGACGUUAAGCUUGUGGCGCGUCUUCACAGUGCAUUUGCAAAUCGUUUUGCCCCUUUUGAGUCUGCAUCUUUGUCUGAUAGCCUCAAUGUCUCUUUGUCGACCGCAAAUCUGUACAAUAACUUCAAGUUCAUGGUGAACAUUCUGCGUAAGACUUUUCAUUCAAAAUUCAGUAGGGAAGUUCCACUUUCUGAACAGGAAUUGAAAAGUCUGGAAUAUGCCACUCCUGAUUCCAAUUUACAAGACCUUGAGAGUUCCAAACAAUCCUCUCUAAACCCCUUCAUUGUUAACAAUAUGGAACUCCUUGGUGUAUAUGGUGCCCUUAAUCUUUGA